AUGUCUUCAUCAUCAGCUUCUUCAGAAAUAUUAUUUGAUUGUGAAUUGGUGAAUCCGUUAUUUGGUGAAGGAGUGAGUCACAGAGUCAAUGUCAUUGGAAGAGGAAUCCCACGAAAAUGUAGAUGUGGUCGAUUCUCUGUAAUGAGAACUUCAAACACAAUGAAAAAUCCUGGAAGACUCUUUCAUUGUUUUCCUAAUGGAUCCGACGAGAAUCCGAAUCAUUUGUUUAAGUGGACCGACAUAAGCAUAGUUGAGGAGAUGGAAGCGGUUGAAAGUGUAGUUGACAAAAUAGAAAGAGAAGUGGGAAGCUUAGCAAAGGGAUUAGAUGAGGUCGAAGCUGUCAAAGAAAUCGCAGAAAGAUGUAAAAAAGAUAUUGUAGAGCUCAAAGGUGUGGUGAGUUCUUGUGAGAAAGAGAUUCAAGAGCUAAGAAGCUUCAAGAACAUGAUUGUUUGUGGUGGUUUAGUUGUGGCUUUUGUCUACUAUGUAAUAUUUGUGUAA